AUGGGAACCAUAGGCGGUUCCGCCUUCCAUUUCAGCAAAGGCCUCUACAGUUCACCUAAUGGCGCUCGUUUCAUCGGCGCAACACAAGCUGUUGGUCUCAAAGCAGGUCGAAUUGGUGGAAGUUUCGCUGUUUGGAGUGUUUUAUUCUCUACUUUUGAUUGUUCUAUGGUUUAUAUAAGGAAGAAAGAAGAUCCAUGGAAUUCUAUUCUUUCCGCUGCUGCUACUGGUGGUUUGUUAUCUAUGCGUCGUGGAUUUGCUGCUUCUGCUAAAUCUGCGGCGUUUGGUGCUGUUUUGUUAGGUCUUAUUGAAGGGACGGGGAUUGCUCUUAAUAAGUAUUCAAGUGCUCAGCAGGAUAUGCCUCCGGUUAUGAUUGAGGAUAUGCCGCCGCAGCCGCCGAAGUCGUCAUGGUUUGGUAGAUUGUUUGGUGGAGCAAAGGAAGAAGAGAAGAUUGCAAAUGGUGGAAGUGAGGUGAAGAUUUUGGAGACUUAUGAUGCUCCUCCCCUGCCUAGUUUUGAGUACAAGUGAAUCAAGAUGUAGAUCACAAAAGAAGAAUAUGAUAUGUGAAUUCUAAAGAAAUUGGAUCAUACAAUUUUGAUUAUAUGAGUUUUAAGUAUGAAUGUAAAUUUUAAAUGUGUAAUGUAUUUUUUUACAAGAUAUGUGUAAUGUGUAUUGUAAAUCAUACUUCACAUGACAAUUCAAAAUGUUGUUUUGGUUAAAUUAUUUUGUUAUUUCUAUAA